CCCCUGCGCGCCGUGGAGACCGAACCGAGGGCGCUCCGGCUGCCAUGGAUACCCGGCCACUUUUCCCACGUUGAAAACUUCACAAUGAGAGAGAAAAAGCAGCAGACUCCGUGCCGGGAGCGGGAGCGUCAGUGCUAACCCCGAGGAGUUUGAUAGAAGCGGAGCAUGGAGCCGCCGCGGCUGCGCUGGGUCUGGGUCGUGCUGCUGCUGCUGGCCGUGCCGCUGGCCGGGGGGCUGGACCUGCACCUCUGGGAGACCUCACAGCCCGGGACCCCCCUGGCAAACCUCUCCCUCGGCCCUGGCUGGACUUAUAAGCUGGACAGGACUUUAUCUCCUAAGUUUGUGCAGGAGCUGCUCCAGGUGGAGCCGCGCUCCGGCGCGCUGCGCCUGUCCCGCGCGGCGCGCUGCGCGCACUGGCCGCGCAACCCGGCGAUGGUUUACUUCAGAGCCUUCUCCUCCACACCCGGAGACCUUAUUCUCACACGUUUUAAUGUUUUUGUGCACGGCCAGGACUGUUUUAUCAAAUACAGGAGAAAGAGCGCGCCAGGUAAGCCAGACGUGGAGAUUAAGCAGCGUUUACACCUGAAGGCGACUUCCUGCUUACCCGCAGGUAAGUUGUUGUUGAAUGUCACAGAACUUCUGCCAGCCUUCACGCGGGACGUCGCCCUUUUGGACGCGGAGUGCGUUGGGAAAGACUUUGUUGCAGUGUUCACGCGUGGGGAUUUGUUCCUGGUGAGUGAGUUGUGUUUUAAGCGCAGGAGAAAGCCGGAGGUGGAGCUGCAGUGCGCCCUGCACAGCUCUCCCGGGGACAGGCUCUCUGUGAGGCUGAGCUUAACCCUCCUGCACUCAUCCCUGUCAGAAAACACCCAGUGGAGGGCUGGGAAAUCAACCCACAGGGGGAAGAGACAGGUCAACUCAUCCCCACAGUUUCAGCUACCCAACUACCAGGUGUCUGUGCCUGAAAAUGAGCCUUCGGGCACCCGGGUCAUCACCCUGAAAGCCACUGACCCGGAUGAUGGAGAAGCCGGGAGGCUGGAGUACAGCAUGGAGGCUAUCUUUGACAGGAGGUCUGAUGACUUUUUUGAAAUCGACCCACAGAUGGGGAGCAUAUCGACCAUCCAGGUGCUUGACAGGGAAGUAAAAGACACCCAUGUUUUCAAAGUUACCGUGACUGACAACGGCACCCCGAAAAGACAGGCCAAUUCUUACCUCACUGUCACCGUGAGUGAUACUAAUGACCACAUCCCUGUUUUUGAGCAAAAUGAUUAUCGCGUGAGCAUCAGAGAGAAUGUGGAAGUUGGUUUUGAGGUGAUGACGAUCCGCGCCACCGACGGCGAUGCCCCCUCCAACGCCAACAUGAUUUAUAAGAUUGUGAAUGAGGACGACCUCGACUCUGUUUUUGAAAUUGACCCCCGGAACGGUCUGGUGAGGAUCGGGGAGCGGCCCGACAGGGAGACCCGGUCCCAGUAUAAGUUGAUUGUUGAGGCCAACGAUCAGGGCAAAGAUCCAGGUCCGCUCAGCGCCAGCACCACCGUUCACAUCUCUGUGGAGGAUGAAAACGACAACUACCCGCAGUUCAGUGAGAAGCGGUACGUCCUUCAGGUCCCGGAGAACGUGGCGGUCAACACUAAAAUCAUCCAGGUGGAAGCAACGGACAAAGAUGAGGGCAACAACGCCAAAGUUCACUACAGCAUCAUCAGUGGUAAUGUUAAAGGGCAGUUCUACAUUCACUCUCCCACCGGCGUGAUUGACGUCAUUAAUCCAUUGGACUAUGAGAUGAUUCGGGAGUAUAACCUGCGGAUUAAAGCUCAGGACGGUGGCCGGCCUCCACUGAUAAACGGGACAGGGAUGGUGGUGGUGCAAGUGGUUGAUGUCAAUGAUAACGCCCCCAUGUUUGUCAGCACACCUUUCCAAGCUUCUGUGCUGGAAAAUGUGCCCCUCGGUUACUCUGUUAUUCACAUUCAAGCAAUCGAUAAUGAUUCAGGGGAAAAUGCCCGUCUGGAAUACCGGCUCACCGACACCAUGCCUGGGUUUCCCUUCACCAUCAACAACAGCACGGGCUGGAUUACGGUUAACGAAGAACUGGACAGAGAGACCACUGAGUUCUACACCUUUGGUGUGGAGGCGAGAGAUCAUGGCAUACCUGUGAUGUCCUCGUCAGCCAGCGUCAGCAUCACCGUUCUGGAUGUGAAUGACAACGUGCCCACAUUUACGGAAAAGACCUACUCCCUGAAGAUCAACGAAGACGCAGUGGUGGGGACCAGCGUGCUGACGCUGACGGCCGUGGACAGGGACGUCAACAGCGUGGUGACUUAUCAGAUCUCCAGUGGGAACACCAGGAACCGCUUCGCCAUCACCAGCCAGAGCGGCGGGGGCCUCGUUACUCUGGCUCUUCCCUUGGACUACAAGCAGGAACGUCAGUAUGUCCUGACCAUCACCGCCAGCGAUGGAACACGCUACGACACAGCUCAGGUGUUCAUCAACGUGACGGACGCCAACACGCACCGACCCGUCUUCCAAAGUGCCAACUACCAGGUGAUGCUCAGCGAGGAGAAACCGGUGGGAUCCACUGUGGUGGUGAUCAGCGCCACGGAUGAGGAUACGGGGGAGAAUGCCAGGAUCACAUACGUAAUGGAGGACAACGUUCCUCAGUUUAAAAUCGACCAAGACACGGGUGCCAUCACAACACAAAUGGAGAUUGACUACGAAGACCAGGCGUCCUACACAUUAGCCAUCAUCGCCAGAGACAACGGCAUCCCUCAGAAAUCCGAUACCACUUAUGUGGAGAUUAUCAUCCUUGAUGCUAACGAUAACACUCCCCAGUUCAUCAGAGACCGGUACCAGGGGACUGUAUUUGAGGACGCACCUGUUUAUACCAGUGUGCUUCAGAUCUCUGCUUCAGACAGAGACUCUGGCUCCAACGGCAGGGUGAGCUACACAUUUCAAGGUGGGGACGACGGAGACGGGGAUUUCUUGAUAGAGCCUUACUCUGGUAUCAUUAGAACGGCACGUAAACUGGACCGCGAGAACGUUCCCGUUUACAAUCUGAAGGUCUACGCUGUGGAUAGAGGGGUUCCUCCCCUGAAAGCAGCUGUUUCCGUUCACGUUGUAGUCCAAGACAUAAAUGACAACGCCCCAGUAUUUGAGAAGGAUGAGCUUUUUAUUGAUGUAAAGGAGAACAGCGCAGUGGGGUCCGUCGUGGCCCAGAUCACUGCCACCGACCCGGACGAGGGCACCAAUGCUCAGAUCAUGUACCAGAUCGUAGAAGGGAAUAUUCCAGAGGUUUUCCAGCUGGACAUUUUUAACGGCGACCUAACGGCACUCACGGAUCUGGAUUAUGAGGUUAAGACCGAGUACGUCAUAGUGGUCCAGGCCACUUCGGCACCGCUAGUGAGCAGGGCCACCGUCCACAUCCGGCUAGUAGACAUGAAUGACAACAUACCAGUGCUGCAGAACUUUGAGAUCAUUUUUAACAACUAUGUUACCAACAAGUCAAACAGUUUCCCAUCAGGAAUAAUAGGAAAGGUACCAGCUCACGAUCCGGAUGUGUCGGAUAAGCUACGGUACAAGUUUGAAUCAGGGAAUGAGCUGAGCCUGCUGCUGCUGAAUGAAGACACUGGAGAUCUGAGGCUGAGCAGGGACCUGGACAACGACAGGCCCCUGGAAGCACCCAUGACUAUUUCUGUCACAGAUGGCCUCCAUCACGUCGUUGCUCUCUGCACGCUGCGCGUCACCAUCAUCACAGACGACAUGCUGACCAACAGCAUCACGGUGCGUCUGGAGAACAUGUCCCAGGAGCGCUUCCUCUCUCCCCUGCUCACCCUCUUUCUGGAGGGCGUGGCCGCUGUCCUCUCCACCAAGCGGGAAGCAGUGUUUGUGUUCAACAUCCAAAACGACACGGACGUCCAAGGCUCCAUCCUCAACGUGACCUUUUCGGCGAUGCAGCCAGGAGGUGCUACGGGUAAAGGGACUUUUUUCCCCUCCGAGGAGCUGCAGGAGCAGAUCUACCUCAACAGGACGUUGCUCAGGCUGAUAUCCUCUCAAGAGGUGUUGCCCUUUGAUGAUAACAUCUGCCUGCGGGAGCCCUGUGAGAACUACAUGAAGUGUGUAUCGGUGCUGAAGUUUGACAGCUCCCCUCCCUUCAUCGCCUCCGAAACGGUUCUGUUUCGGCCCAUUCACCCCAUCAACGGCCUGCGCUGCCGCUGCCCACUUGGUUUUACCGGGGACUACUGCGAGACCGAGAUCGACCUCUGCUACUCAGGGCCCUGCAAGAACAACGGGCGGUGCCGCAGCCGGGAGGGCGGCUACACCUGCGAGUGCCUGGAAGACUUCACAGGCGAGCACUGCGAGCUCAAUGCGUCCUCGGACCGGUGUAUACCCGGAGUGUGCAAGAACGGUGGCAAGUGCGUGAACCGGCUGGCGGGCGGGUUCAUGUGCCAGUGUCCACUAGGCGAGUACGAGAAACCCUACUGUGAGAUGACCACCCGCAGCUUCCCCGGACAGUCCUUCAUCACCUUCAGAGGCCUGCGGCAAAGGUUUCACUUCACCGUGUCCUUCAUGUUUGCGACGAGAGAAAGAAACGCGCUGCUCCUCUACAAUGGCAGGUUCAACGAGAAACAUGACUUCAUCGCCCUGGAGAUCAUCGACGAGCAGAUUCAGCUCACCUUCUCCGGAGGAGAGAGAAAGACCAAGGUGUCUCCGUAUGUCCUGGGCGGAGUCAGUGACGGGCAGUGGCACUCCGUCCAGCUCCAUUACUACAACAAACCUAACAUCGGGCGCCUGGGCGUCCCUCACGGGCCCUCUGCUGAAAAGGUGGCCGUGGUUGCCGUGGACGAGUGUGACAUCUCCAUGGCGAUUCGCUUUGGAAAGCAGAUUGGCAACUACUCCUGCGCCGCCCAGGGCACCCAGACUGGACAGAAGAAAUCACUGGACCUGACAGGACCGCUGUUGCUGGGCGGAGUUCCCAACCUCCCCGAGGACUUCCCGGUCAGGAACAGAGACUUUGUGGGCUGCAUGAGGAACCUCACCAUCGACAGCAAACCCAUCGACAUGGCCAGCUACAUCGCUAACAACGGCACGGCAGCAGGUUGUCCAGCAAAGAAAAGCUUUUGCACGAACGACGUGUGUCUGAACGGAGGCGUUUGUGUCAGCAAGUGGAACACGUACAGCUGCGACUGCCCGACGGGUUACGGCGGCAAGAACUGCGAGCAAGAGAUGCCGUCUCCUCAGUUCUUUGACGGGCAGGCGCUGGUGUCCUGGAGCGAGCCGGACAUCACCGUGGCCGUCCCCUGGUACAUGGGCCUCAUGUUCAGAACCAGGCAGCCUGCCGGGACCCUGAUGCAGAUCAACGCCGGAGCUUCCUCCACUAUUCACCUCAUGGUGAGGGAUCAGCAGGUCCGUAUGGAGGUGACGCUCAGGCAGCAGCUGUUGGCGUCGCUGAGCUUUCCACAAGUCCGCGUCAACGACGGCGAGUGGCACCACUUGCUGGUGGAACUAAGGAGCAUUAAAGACGGCAAGGACAUCAAAUACAUGGCUGCCGUGUCGCUGGACUACGACAUGUACCAGAAGUCCGUGGAGAUCGGUAACGACCUGCCCGGCCUGAAGCUGCAGACGCUGCACGUGGGAGGUCUGCCCGGGGAGGGAAACCACGUCAACAAGGGAUUUGUCGGCUGCAUACAGGGCGUACGCAUGGGUGAGACGUCCACCAACAUCGCCAACAUCAACAUGGCUCAGGGCCUGAAGAUCCGCGUGGAGGACGGCUGCGACCUGGCCGACCCCUGCGACUCCAACAUCUGCCCCGAGAACAGCCACUGCAGCGACGACUGGAGCGCCCACACCUGCGUGUGCGACCCAGGAUACUUCGGCAAGAACUGCAUGGACGCUUGUCACCUCAACCCCUGUGAGCAUGUUUCCACAUGCGUCCGCAAGCCCAGCUCCUCCCACGGAUACACCUGCGAGUGUGGACACAACCACUACGGCCAGUACUGUGAAAACAAAAUGGAGAAGCCGUGCCCUCAGGGUUGGUGGGGCAGCCCCAUGUGCGGGCCGUGUAACUGUGACACCAGCAAAGGAUUUCAUAAAGACUGCAACAAAACCACCGGAGAGUGUCGCUGCAAGGACAACCACUAUCGGCCGGAGGGCCAGGACACCUGCUACCCCUGCGAGUGUUUCUCUAUAGGCUCCGAGUCUCGGACCUGCGACCCCGUCACGGGUCAGUGUCCCUGCAAAGGAGGAGUCAUUGGUCGUCAGUGUAAUCGAUGCGAUAACCCCUUUGCUGAAGUGACGCCCACUGGCUGUGAGGUGGUGUACGAGGGUUGUCCCAAGGCGUUUGAUGCUGGGAUUUGGUGGCCGAAGACCAAGUUUGGACGCCCUGCUGCCAUGAACUGUCCCAGAGGAUCCAUCGGCACCGCCAUCCGUCACUGCAGCGAUGAGAAGGGCUGGUUGGCACCCGAGCUCUUCAACUGCACCACCGCCACCUUCUCUAACCUGAAGAAACUGAACGAGGAGCUGCGCCGCAACAGUUCCCACAUGGACAGCGAGAACUCCAAGGCCAUCGUGCGCUUGCUGCACGGCGCUACGUCCAACACGGACCGUUUCUACGGCAACGACGUGAAGAUGGCUUCCCAGCUGCUGAACCACGUGCUGCUGUACGAGAGCCGGCAGACCGGGUUUGAUCUCUCCGCCAUGAAGGAUGCCGAGUUUAACGAGAAUUUGGUGCGAGCAGGAAGCGCCAUCCUGGAUCCCGACACCAAAGAUCACUGGGAGCAAAUCCAGAGGACCGAAGGCGGCACUGCUCAUCUGCUCCACAACUUCGAGCUUUACGCCAACACACUGGCAAAAAACGUCAGGAAGACCUACUUGAAACCCUUCACCAUCGUCACGGAGAACAUGAUUCUGACUGUGGACUACCUGGACAUGUCGGACCCGGAGAGAGCAACGUUACCUCGCUUCCAGGACAUCCAGGAGUCCUACCCCAAAGAGCUGGGAUCCUCGGUCCACUUCCCGCAGUUCAACCUGCGCACUCAUCUCCAGAAAGCAGAGCCCACUCCCGCCCCUCCGACCCAGACCAGCGGCCCCCUGGUUGAAGAGCAAACUCUGGCCGACAGGAAACGCCGCCACCUGGAGCCCGCUGCACCUCUGCCCGUUGCCGUGGUGAUAGUGUACAAGUCGCUGGGACAGCUCCUUCCAGAAAGAUACGACCCCGACCGCCGAAGUCUCAGGCUCCCCAACCGCCCGGUGAUUAACACGGCCAUUGUGAGCGCCGCCGUCCACAGCGAGGACUCCCCGCUCCCGCCCAUCCUGGACCCUCCCAUCACGCUGGAGUACCCGCUUCUAGAGACGGAAGAGCGCACAAAACCUGUCUGCGUGUUCUGGGACCACUCCAUCUCGAUUGGGGGGACAGGCGGCUGGUCCUCUAAAGGCUGCGAGGUGCUCAACAGGAACAACAGUCACAUCAGCUGCCAGUGCAACCACAUGACCAGCUUCGCUGUGCUGAUGGACAUUUCCAAGAGAGAGCACGGAGACGUCCUCCCGCUGAAGAUCGUCACCUACACCACCGUGUCGGUCUCCCUGUUCCUGCUCCUCCUCACCUUCGUGCUGCUCUGCCUCCUGCGCCGGCUCCGCUCCAACCUGCACGCCAUCCACAGGAACCUGGUGGCCACGCUCUUCUUCUCUGAGCUCGUCUUCCUGCUGGGCAUCAAUCAGACCGACAACAUGUUUGUGUGCACGGUGAUAGCCAUCCUCCUCCACUACUUCUACAUGUGCACGUUUGCCUGGAUGUUCGUGGAGGGGCUGCACAUCUACCGCAUGCUGACGGAGCUGCGGAACAUCAACCACGGCCACAUGAGGUUCUACUACGCCAUCGGCUGGGGCAUCCCGGCCGUCAUCACUGGUUUGGCUGUAGGUCUCGAUCCUCAAGGUUACGGAAACCCCGAUUUCUGCUGGCUUUCUGUGCACGACACGCUCAUCUGGAGCUUCGCUGGACCCAUCUUUGUAGUCGUCCUGGUGAACAUCGUCAUCUUUAUUCUAGCGGCGAAGGCUUCCUGUGGUCGCAGGCAGAAGGCCGUGGAGAGGUCUGGAGCCAUUCCUGCGCUCCGCAUGGCCUUCGUCCUCCUCCUCCUCAUCAGCGCCACCUGGCUGCUCGGCCUCAUGGCCGUCAACAGCAACGUCAUGACGUUCCACUACCUGUUCGCCAUCUGCAGCUGCUUGCAGGGAGUGUUCAUCUUCUUCUUCCAUGUGAUCUUCAACAAAGAGGUGAGGAAGAACAUCAAGAACGUCCUCACGGGGAAGAAGAGCGUACAAGACGAGUCCAGCACCACCCGGGGCUCGUUGCUCACGCGCUCCCUGAACUGCAACAACACGUACACGGAGGACGGCCCGCUGUACCGCUCGGCCAUCGGAGAGUCCAACGUCUCCCUGGACAGUACGCUCAGGUCAGCCAAGAGCCGCAGCAGCUACCUGGCUUACACACUCAGGGAAGAGUCUGGUCAGAAGCCCAGCGUGUCUUCAGGAACGGCGAAGGGACACACAGAUCUGGACGGACCUCUGUUCCACAGGAACGGCAACAAAGGAGAUGAUUCUGACUCGGACAGUGAGCUGUCGGUAGAUGAGCACAGCUCCUCCUACGCCUCGUCCCACUCCUCCGACAGCGAGGACGACGACGUCGACAUCAAGCAUAAGUGGAACAACGAGAGGCCUCUGCACAGCACCCCCAAAGGAGACCCCGGUUCUAAUCACGUGAAGCCUUACUGGCCCACGGACCCCACCACAGCCAGCGACAGCGAGGACCCCGGCCGGCCCGACCGGCUGAGGGUGGAGACCAAGGUGAACGUGGAGCUGCACCCAGAGAACAAGCUGAACCACAUCGGUGAAAGAGAGAGGGAGGCUCUGCUGGAGAGAGACAAACAGACGCCCAGCAACGCCAAAGAGCCGGCGCCGGGGAGUCAGGCCAACAGCAACCACCAACCAGAGCAGAGGAAAGGUAUCUUAAAGAACAAGAUCAGCUACCCUCCUCCGCUCACCGACAAGAACAUGAAGAACCGUCUGAGGGAGAAGCUGAGCGACUACAACUCCCCCACCAUCACCUCCCCCCCACCCAACAACAGCAGCUCCCCCCCACCCCUCUCCUCCGUCAACAUCAUGAACCCUUCGUCCCAGGCGCCUUCACAGGCCGCUCAUGACGGCAACCACGGCAACCACGGCAACCACGACAGCAGCACUCUGGUGAAGCCUCCCAUCGCUCCCAAACCCCAGAUUCCCGUGGGAGCGCCGUCGGCAGGCAUCUACCGGGAGACCAACGGGGGCGUGGCCAUGCACUUAAAGUCAGGGACGGUCAACGGGGGCAACGAGUCCGACUCAGAUGGCAGUAACGAGACUUCCAUCUGACCUGUUAGGAAAACCCAGACCAGCCUGCCCUUGUGAGAGGACGAGCCCGCUGGGGAGCGAGGGAAGGAAGGAGCGGAGAGCCGGGAGGGGAGGAGUGAAACCAAACAAAGACGGGAGAUCCGCCCGUCCAUUCCUCCGCACGUUUCCUCUCUCCGGAGAGCAGUAUUAACGGCAGACUUUCAGGACUGCCUGGGACCAGAACGAAAGCAUGGACAAAGGAGAGAUGCGAGCGGGAAUAAAGGGAAAGCUCUGCGGGACUGUACCGAGCGGUGACUCGGUGGAGACGCGUUCACGUGCCAAAACCACUAAAGAAACGUCAGAUGAUGAAGAACCGAGGAUGCUCUGCAGACCUACAGCGAUGCUCCUCUCUGGAGGUCACGAGGAGCUCGGAGAUGUUCAUUAUGAUGUGUUUCCGAUGGCAUCCUCUCAUGGAAAGGGCUGAUGUAUUAUCACAAGCUGGUACAGCUGCACGUUCAGUCCCAAAGGAGGUCAAGGACAGUUUGAAGACUUCUGACUCUGUCAAACACAAAGUGCUCUUUUUUUUUUUUACAUUUUUCAACGCAAAGGUUCCUACAACCUCUCAGUGCAGUGUCAGUAGAGUGUAAUUACUGUGUAGAUAUUUUUUAACGGUGAAGAACAAACUAUCUAUUUUGUAUUUCACUUGAAGCAAAGGACAAUUUGUUAAACCUAGAAACAGUCAUGAAAAUCACUGCAUAUGCUGGUUUAAUACAGAAGGAAGGUCCGGGCCUUCAUCCUGGGCCGAGGCCUUAAACACUCCCAGCCUUUAGCAACGUUCACACUCAUGUACAAAGACAACGGUUGUGCCUACCCAAAUAAUAAUAAUGUGGAAAGAAGAGGAAUUCCCCUCCCGUUGUAAAGUCAGCCGGAGCACUGUGAGCCUGGUCUGCAACACUCCUGGUAACCAAAGUCAUGACACACCAUAAAUAAGCAGACGAGCGUUGGAGUCGGGUCAUUUUAAGUUCAAUUUAUUCCAUAAAUUGCUGAAAAAUUGACAUUUGUUUUGUUUUGUUGGUUGUUUUUUAAAUCAUGAAAGUGAAUCACUAUUUUAUGUCUUAGAAUUUGAUAAUUGGUUCAAGUUGGUUUUCCAUUUUCUGCAAGUUACAAGUCCAAAUGACACCAACUCGAAUGUAUUUUGCAGCUAAGUUAAGGCAACUUACGAUGUACAGUAGGCUACAUUUAUCAAUAAUUGCCUUUGUACCUCAUACAUUGCACAUCCGCAGUGUUUCGCCCUUAUAUAAUUGAUGCUGUUAAAUAUCCUUGUUUUUGUAUGAUCUAAGACACUGGAAAUGUUUUGUAACAUAAUGUAUAUUUAUUUUUUAUGGUUUUAAGACACUGGAAAGAGAAAAUUAUUGUGAUUGUAAAAUUAAAA